AUGGGUAAUAAUCAAGGUAGUACUGCAUUACACUGUGCUGCUACCAAUGGUCAUCUAGAUGUCAACAAAUAUCUGAUCAGCCAAGGAGCUGAGGUUAAUCAGGGAGACAAUGAUGGUUGGACUGCAUUACAGGAUGCUGCUCAGAAGGGUCAUCUUGAAGUCGCCAAAUAUCUCAUUAUUCAAGGAGCUGAUGUGAAUAGGGGAGAUAAGAACGGUCAGACUGCACUACGUGCUGCAGCUUUCAAUGGCCAUCUUGAUGUCACCAAAUAUCUCACCAGUGAAGGAGCUGAUGUUAAUCAGGGAGACAAUGAGGAUGUCAACAAAUAUCUGAUCAGCCAAGGAGCUGAGGUUAAUCAGGGAGACAAUGAUGGUUGGACUGCAUUACAGGAUGCUGCUCAGAAGGGUCAUCUUGAAGUCGCCAAAUAUCUCAUUAUUCAAGGAGCUGAUGUGAAUAGGGGAGAUAAGAACGGUCGGACUGCACUACGUGCUGCAGCUUUCAAUGGCCAUCUUGAUGUCACCAAAUAUCUCACCAGUGAAGGAGCUGAUGUUAAUCAGGGAGAUAAUGAGGUUGAGGUUAAUCAGGGAGAUAAUGAGGGUUGGACUGCAUUACAGGAUGCUGCUCAGAAGGGUCAUCUUGAAGUCGCCAAAUAUCUCAUUAUUCAAGGAGCUGAUGUGAAUAGGGGAGAUAAGAACGGUCGGACUGCACUACGUGCUGCAGCUUUCAAUGGCCAUCUUGAUGUCACCAAAUAUCUCACCAGUGAAGGAGCUGAUGUUAAUCAGGGAGAUAAUGAGGCUUACGCCCAUAAGGGAGAUGAUAAGGGUUUCACUGCAUUACAAGUUGCUGCUAAGGAAGGUCAUCUUGAUAUCACCAAAUAUCUGAUCAGUCAAGGAGCCAAGAGCACUGGGAUUCUCGAUCAACGUGAUGAUGACGGCAAGACUGCCAUUCACCUCGCCACUCAAAAUGACCACACACCGGUUGUCGAGUCGCUGGUUUCCCAUGGAGCUUCCUUGAACAUCCAGUCGCACAAUGGAAAGACCUGCCUCCAUGAAGCCAUCAUACUUUCUGGUCACAAGGGCGAAAAAGAACAAACGGAAGGGAAACUCAAACAGAGAAGGCUUUAA